UCGUCUCCUCAGCGGGUGCGGAGCAGUGUGUGUGUGAGACGCGUGCAGAAACAGAAAGAAACGGGACAGAAUCCCGUUAACGGAGAAGCCCUCGAGCUCCGCGCCUGUCCCCGAGGCGCUGCACACUCCGACCGCACAUCUAGACCCAGACAAGCGUGUGUGAUGAACGGAGACUCAGGUGCAGGGGUGGUGACGGCCCCCCCGCCCACCAACCCCCCUCAUAAGGAGCGUUAUUUCGACCGCGUGGACGAGAGCAGCCCGGAGUACCAGAGAGAGAGGAACAUGGCGCCGGACCUGCGGCAGGACUUCAACAUGAUGGAGCAGCGCAAGAGAGUCUCCAUGAUCCUGCAGAGUCCAGCGUUCUGUGAUGAGCUGGAGUCUCUGAUCCAGGAUCAGAUGAAGAAGGGGAAAACUCCCACCAGUUUGCUGGCGCUGCAGCAGAUCGCUGACUUCAUGACCACCAGCGUCCCCACCAUGUACCCCGCCGCGCCCCAGGGAGGCAUGGCAGCCCUCAACAUGAGUUUGGGGAUGGUGACUCCAGUGAAUGAUCUGAGAGGUUCAGACUCCGUCGCUUAUGAGAAAGGAGAGAAGCUCUUGCGCUGUAAACUCGCCGCGUUUUACCGCCUGGCCGACCUUUUCGGCUGGUCUCAGCUCAUCUACAACCACCUGACGGUCCGGCUGAACUCUGAACAGGAGCGUUUUCUGAUUGUCCCUUUUGGGCUUCUGUACAGUGAAGUCACUGCCUCCAGUUUGGUGAAGAUUAACCUGCAGGGGGAGAUUGUGGACAGAGGCAGCACUAAUCUGGGUGUAAAUCAGGCUGGAUUCACCCUCCACUCCGCCAUCUACGCUGCCCGGCCCGACGUCAAGUGCAUAGUGCACAUUCACACACCCGCUGGCGCCGCGGUGUUGAUUUUGAGGAAUCACGGUCUGGUGUCUGUUGGAGAAACAAUCGAAGAGGCAUUUUACUACGUUCAUAACCUAGUCACAGCCUGUGAGAUUCAGGUGUUGAUUUUGAGGAAUCACGGUCUGGUGUCUGUUGGAGAAACAAUCGAAGAGGCAUUUUACUACGUUCAUAACCUAGUCACAGCCUGUGAGAUUCAGGUGCGCACCCUCGCCAGUGCAGGAGGUCCUGACAACCUAAUAAUGUUGGACCCAGGCAAGUAUAAAUCCCGUCCACGCUGCCUCGAGCCGGUCGGAGACGGGUCGAGCUCGCACCCGAAGUGGCAGAUCGGGGAGCAGGAGUUUGAGGCCUUGAUGAGGAUGCUGGAUAAUCUGGGCUACAGGACCGGUUAUCCGUACCGCUGCCCUGCGCUGCGUGAUAAAGCAAAAAAGUACAGUGAUGUUGAGAUCCCCUCUUCAGCCACGGGCUACUCGUACACUGAGGACAGUGACUCGGGUGCGCGCUCCCCGUUAAAGCACAGCUUUCAGCGGGACAAGAACCGCUGGCUAGCCUCCGGGAGGCCCGACGAAUCAGCAGAAGAGGGGCAGGACUCCAGCGGUAGCCCCAAGACGAAGACUAAGGUGUGGACGAACAUAACACACGAUCACGUCAAACCCUUGCUGCAGUCUCUCUCGUCCGGUGUCUGCGUGCCAAGCUGUAUUACCAACUGCUUGGUCUGUGCCAACCUUAUUGUUCAUAGUUCAGAAACGUACUGCUAGAGAGGGCAGCUGGUUAGCACCCCGACACCGGGGCAGAACACACACUCAUUCAAGGGGUUUUGGGUGUGUUUGCCGUUUCACAACCUUUAAUCUUGCAAAUAUGGCUUUUUUCUUCCUCUCCAGUGUUUUGGGCGGAUGAUUUAAGGCAAAACACCCCAGUGAACAGGGUAUAAAACUAACCUUUAUUUACCACAUUUACAUUAGCAGAAAUUCAAUCUUAAUUAACCUUAUUUAAAAUUUUAUAUGAAUA